AUGAACGUACAAGUGGGGCGUCUGAGCUCUUCAGAAGGUCAGCUGGGUGGUAAUUAUGGGCUUAACUCCGAACGGACUGACAAUGGUGAGCGUCUGCUGCAACUGUGUGCGGAGCACCAGCUGUUUCUUAGUAACACUGCUUUUAGACAUAGUGGGCGCCGAAGUGUCACUUGGUGUCCUCCUGUAGCUGGACAGCGAUGGACCCAAGUUGGUCCCAUUGCCAUAAGUUACAGAUGGCGUGGUUCCAUCCUGGAUUGCCGCUCGUACUGGAGUACCUGUGUCGACUCUGAUCAUGCCUUGGUACGCUGUCGUUUCUCCAUGAACUUUACCGGGAGGCGCACCAAGCGUCCCCUACGAUUGGCAACGGAGAAAUUGUCUCAGUCCUCGGUCAGGCAAGCCUAUCAAGAAGCGCUGCGUAUCGAACUUCCGCUGUCUUGUCCUAAUGACCCUGAAUUUCAGUGGAAUAGGAUCUCGGCCACUAUGCACGACGCAGGAGCAUCCGCUUGUGGCACUAUCAGUCGUCAUCGCACCAGUCACUGGAUAUCCGAGAGGUCCGUGAACCUUUUGGAAGCUAGAAGGCACCUCCCGGCUGGCUCUGAACACAAUGUGACCAGACGGGCUAUUAGGCGUGAACUAAAGCGGAGCCUACGUGCUGACAAGGAAGCCUGGUGGACCAGUCUGGCUCAAGAAAUGGAGGAGGCAGGAGCAGUAGGCAAUUACCGGAAGCUCUUCCAGCUAAUACGCACCACUGGACCCAGGAAACCAGGUGUCAGUGAGACAACCAGAGACAGCGCGGGUGCACUGAUACACAAUAAGGAGCGCCGUAUGGCUCGUUGGGCGGAACACUUUCAAGGGGAUACAUGA